UCAUCGAAAUUGCCUUUUUUGGGUCCCAGUGACCCAUCUCCGGACGGGACCCCAACACAAACACCUCUAUAUUUGCACACUCCGGGGUAUCCUCAAAAUGGUUAAAUAUCAAGUAGAGGUGACAACAGGGGGCGUUGUACUCUCUGGCACAUCGGACUACAUUUAUAUUACAUUGAUUGGAACAGAGGGGAACAGCAUGCGCACCAACCUUGACAACUACGGACCAGACUUCAUGACUGCAAUGACAAGGACCUACACAGUGACCACUCCCUCGUCUCUAGGUAGCCUCCUCCUGGUUAAGCUGGAAAAAGAGCAAUACCUGCACCUACCAGAUAAUAAGUGGUUCUGCUCCAAGCUCGUCGUUACAACUACUGAGAAUGAUGUCAUCCUCUUCCCCUGUUACAGAUGGGUAACCAGAGGAAAAGUUGUGGAGCUGAGAGGGGGAAGAGCGAGUAAGGGGUUUGAGGAUGAGCACCCCAUCCUGGUUGGCCAUCGUAAAAGGGAGAUGUUGCGUCAUAACGAACUGUUCCAGUGGAGUGUGUAUGCAGAGGGAGUCCCCCACAUCAACAGCGCCACUGAAGUCUCAGCCCUCCCUUCUGAAAUUCAGUUUUCCUUCUCCAAAGCGGCUGAGUUUAUUUUGACAGAACAUACCGUUUUGGCUGAACUCAAACUAAAGGGCACUGCUGAGUCCACCAAGCAAUGGGAAGAUUUGGAUAGCAUGAAAAAGGUAUUCUGGUGCAACAGAACACCCAUCGCAGAGUAUGUUUCUGAGCACUGGAAGGAGGAUGACUUUUUCGGGUCUCAGUUUCUGAAUGGAACCAAUCCUAAUGUGAUCAAACGCUGCCCAAUGCUUCCUCCUAACUUCCCAGUUAAAGAUGAAAUGGUAAAGCCCUUCCUGGAGGCAGGGAGCUCCCUGGAAAUUGAGAUUCAGAAAGGAAACAUAUUUAUUUGUGACUACAAAAGGCUUCAGGGUGUGCCAACCCGGAAGGUCAAUGGCAAACCACUGCCCCUCACUGCUGCCUUAUGUCUUUUCUACAAGAACCCAGAGGAUAAACUGCUGCCUAUCGCCAUUCAGCUGGAGCAGCAGCCUUCAGAGCAGAACCCCAUAUUUCUGCCUAGCGACACUGAGGAUGACUGGGUGCUUGCCAAGAUGUUUGUGAGGAAUGCAGAUUUCUCAGAGUUUGAGAUCAGCUACCAUCUUCUGGGCACCCAUUUACUUGCAGAGGUUUUUGCUAUGGCAACUCUCCGAAACCUUUCUAUCAUACACCCUCUCCACAAGUUGCUGAUACCCCACUUCCGUUACACCCUCCAGAUCAACCUUCUUGCUCGGAAAAAACUGAUUAAUCCUGGUGGACCCUUAGCAAAUGGUGCUAUGGGACUGGAGGGGCUGAAGGAACUCCUGAAAAGGGCACAUUCAGAUAUCACCUACAGCUCCCUCUGUCUGCCGGAGAAUAUCAUUGCACGAGGACUGGAUUCCAUCCCCAACUUCUACUACAGGGAUGAUGGUCUGAAUCUGUGGAACAUCAUCAACAGCUUUGUCCAGGGCAUGCUGGAGUACUACUACUCCUCUGAUGGUGAGGUGUCCAAGGACGCAGAGCUUCAGGAUUGGAUUAAUGAGAUCUUCAUCCAUGGGUUCCUUGAAAAUGACAAGUCGGGAAUCCCUCAGCGAUUUGACAAAGUAGAGGAUGUUGUCAGAUUUGUUACCAUGGUUAUUUUCACUGUGUCAGCUCAACAUGGUGCCCUCAAUAUCGGGCAGUUUGACUACUGCAGUUGGGUACCCAACAACCCUCUAUUUUUGCGCAAAACUCCUCCCACCAAUAAGGGGAGCUCUAACAUGAGCACCGUUUUGGAAGCACUCCCAGAUGUCGGCACUACCGUCAGCAACAUGGCCUCAGUGUGGCAGCUUAGCAAGAGAUACUCUGACAUAAUUUCCCUUGGUACAUAUCCGGAUCAACUCUUUGAUGAAGCUACACCCCUCCAGAUCAUGAAGCAGUUCCAAGCCGAGCUGUCCUACCUCAGUGAGGCAAUUAGUGCGAGGAAUGACAGGCUUAUACUACCUUAUAACUACCUGAAUCCGGCACUGGUGGAAAAUAGUGUGUCCAUAUGAUGGAUCUUAUGCCCAGCUAGGCUGGUUCAUCGAUUGUAUGUACUGCACAGCACAUUAAAAUGACUACAGGUGACUUUAGUAACAUUGGACAACUACAAGAAAGAAGUCCUGGGAUCAGAAACUGCCCCAGAGUCCUAGAGUUAAUCAUCAUGGCUAGUAAUUGAAGGGAAUGUGACAUUGUAACGGAUUAAUUAAAGUGGAUUACAAAUGCAAAUUACUAUCAUUCUAUGUUGGGCAAAUGGUUACUGACUGGUGGAAUAGUAGGUGUGGUGGUGAGUUGUGGCUGAAUGUCUUAUUUCAUCAGAUAUGCACCCACGAGCUGGAGUUCCUACCUGUGACAGUUCCCCAUUAUCCUCACACAUUGACUGAAACUGUUAUUUUGUAAGUCCAUUAUAACUUCCUCUUUAAUGUCAUCUGUUGAGUACCUGAUAGAGACUUGGGUGUUCAUUUCAAUGUCCCAAAGUGUUCUGUGACCAUUAUGCUGUACAAAUGAUGUGAUGAAAUCCGACAAUCUAAUUUUAUUAAUAAAUAAUAAUCACUAGUAGGGCCUAAUGGCAGGCUAUCACUUAUACUGAGAAGUAUUGAAUUGUUUGUUUAGAAUGCAGUCCAUAUUGAAAGUCAAAUAUGACUACAGCUCAAGGCCACUAAAGAUAUUACAUUUUUGAAUGGAUAAACAUUAUGCUACAAUGUAUGGAAGCAUAUAGUUAACUUAAUUAAAAUAUGAAUACA